UCUUCGUUCUCCUUCUAUAAAUACCCCUUUCUCUCCCUCUGCAACAGUGGAAGUGCGAGUGUACUCUCUCACACUAAACCUAGAACUCAAAUGAACGAGCUCCAAACCCAUGAAAACCCUAAUUUCUCUCUCUAAAAUCCUAGUGGACAUGAUACUCUGAUCCUCUAAAGAACACUAAUUCUAUCCUCAAAACCCUAGAGAGAUGGCUCCAGAGCCAUUUAACUGAACCCUAGCCAUGUCUUCACAGCAUACUGAACUCCCUGAAACCCCAGAUUCCGGCCAAGAGUCCGGCCAAAGUCGGAAAUCCGGUGAUUUUCCAGCAAGUAAAUUGAAUGCGGAGGCCCCAGCGUUUGUUCCUUCCAUGAAUUCCAGUCCAUUCUGGCAUGGCUCGAGCUCCAGGCAUUUAAUGCCUCAGGUCCAUCACAGGCAAGUCUUACCCUUUCAUCCUGUUCAUGCUCAUCAUGGCCAUUUCCCAUACUUUGGCUAUGGAGAUCAAGAGCAUGCUGGCAUGGCUACUGAUCCUGAUCCAAACCCUAGUAAGGAGGUUAUAUCUGAAGAACUUAGUAACAAGGUUGUUAAGCAGGUUGAAUACUAUUUCCGUGAUGCAAAUUUGGCAACUGGCGACCACUUGAUGAAAUUUGUGAAUAAAGAUUCUGGAGGGUUUGUCCCAAUAUCAGUUAUUGCAUCUUUCAAGAAGAUAAAAGCCCUUAUUAGCAAUCAUGCAAUGCUUGCCGAUGCUCUCCGGACCUCCAAAAAGCUUGUUGUGAGCGAAGAUGGAAAGAAAGUUAAACGCCUGCAUCCCCUAACUGAGUCAGAUAUCGAAGACUUGCAGUCACGUACAGUUGUUGUUGAAAAUUUGCCCGAGGAUCAUUCUCACCCAAACCUUGAGAAGAUAUUCUCUGUUGUUGGAAGUGUGAAGACAAUCCGUAUAUGCCAUCCUCAGGGUGCAAAUGGUACUGCUUCAUCGGCUGCUCGAUCUCCGAAAAUGGACAUGCUUGUUAGUAACAAGUUGCAUGCAUUUGUGGAGUACGAGACAGUUGAGCAAGCAGAGAAAGCGGUUGCAGAGCUGAAUGAUGAACGUAAUUGGAGGAGUGGACUUAGAGUGCGAUUACUGCUUAGACACACGGCCAAAUCCGAAAAGCCAGGACGAGCUAAAAGAGCAGAUGGGAAUGGGGAGGAGGAUGAAGCAUCGACAUCUGAGCUAUUGAGUGAGAAGCAUGUUGAUGAUCAGUCUCCAUCACCUGAAUUGUCCAACGACAGCAUUGGGGAUGAAGGAUCUCAUGAAAGGGAAGGUGGGGGGAGGAGAAGUAGGGGCCGAGGCAGAGGCAAGGCUCGUGCACGUGGCCAACACCCUAAUGGAUGGGGUACUACUAUGCACUCUGUGGGCACCCCUCCAACAUCAUCCAACAAUAACCACGCACUCACAAUGCCACCACCUGAGCCCAAGCACCCUCCUCCUGGUCCGCGGAUGCCUGAUGGAACAAGAGGCUUCACUAUGGGUCGAGGAAAGCCAAUGGAGAUUGCCACCCAAUGAAUGAUGCAUGCCUCUUGUAUUUGCACUCCUGCCUCUCUCUCUCUCUCUCUCUCUCUCUCUCUCUCUCUCUCUCUUUCUCUCUCCUCGUUUGUACGCCUCUCUGAUUCUCUCUCUUGUUUUUACACCAUGAUUCUCUCUCGUGUUUGCAUGCUGGCAUGAGUGUUUUGAUGGCAGGUUUUUUUGGAUAGAUUAGUUAGUUCCUAUACGCCUGCAUUUUCAGCUGAGAUGUAGGGAGGCAAAGUUCAGUUUGUGUCAAGUUGGUUAGUGAAGGUCUCUCAGGGCUGGCUUGUUCAUGGGGAAGAAGGUAAUAAUACUGUGUAAAUCUCUUUUCUUCUUCUUCACUUUCUAUAUUAAGUUUGUGUUAUAAUUAAACAUAGUAUUAUUCUACACAAAUCAAUCAAGAAAAUGUAUCACCUUGUAAGCUC